AUGGCUCUCCGAGUGAACAUCCCUCCGGCCACCCGAAUCUGCCUCGUCAGUCUCCUUACCCUCUCUUUGCUGUACAACAUUGCCCGAUGGCGCCAAAUUGACACCACGGGGGGCACACCGACCGUCACCCCCAUCGUACCCUACCUUACGCUUGUUCCGUCAUAUCUCCUCUAUUACCCGUGGACGCUCGCGACUGCUACAUUUGUGGAGCGGAACAUCUUCACUGUUCUUCUGAACGCCGCCACCCUCUUCUACGGCGGGAAGUACCUGGAGCGGGCAUGGGGUUCACGAGAGUUUGCCAAGUUCAUCCUCACGAUCGCAGUGAUCCCUAAUGUGGUCAUCGUACCUAUCUAUCUCUUAGGUACUGCGAUGAGCGGCAGCGCCAGCAGCGGGUACGCCCCUUUCACCCCGCGCGAAUGCACCACAUCGUGCGCUUUCCCUGCUGACUUCCCGGCUUCCAGCGUCACGCAGAUCUGCGGCGGCAUCUCGAUCCAGGCGUCCUUCCUCGUCGCCUUCAAGCAGCUCGUCCCCGAACACACAGUCACCAUCUUCCAGGGCUUGGUUAAGAUGCGGGUGAAGCACUUCCCCGCCCUCUUCCUCCUCCUGAACACGAUCAGCGGUGUAGUCGUCGGCACCCGGGCCGCCGCGCUCCUUUCCUGGCUUGGUCUCGUGACGAGCUGGACCUACCUGCGAUUUUUCAAGCGCCAACCCGACCUGACCGGCACCUCGACUGACGGACUGGGCAUCAGGGGUGACGCGAGCGAGACCUUCGCAUUCGCAUGCCUAUUCCCCGACCUCCUCCAGCCGCCCAUCGCUUUCUUCUCCGACCAGGUCUAUGCGCUCUUGGUUGCGGUGAAGGUCUGCAUCCCCUUCUCCGAGGAGGACAUUGCAUCCGGCAAUCAACAGGUUCUGGCCCGCGGCGAAGCUGGUCUUCCCAGCCUUCUUUCGAACCAGCGUGGGGGACGAGCCAUGGCCAAGCGGGAGGAGGCCGAGCGACGACGCGCGCUGGCUCUCAAGGCCUUGGAUCAGAGACUACAGGCUGCGGCAGCAGCGAGAGCGCCCCCAUCGACGUUGAAUCAGCCAGGCGCCGCCUAUAGUCAGACUCCGACCCCAACAGUAGCAGCAGGACAGGCGAUGCUCGGUGAAACCAGCUACACUCCGGACCACGCUUAA